AUGCGGCGCAUCUUCGCCCUCUUGGGCCUCCUGCUGCUAAGCAUGGGUCGGAAUAGAGUGUGCGCGGAGGCCGCUACGAAGGCCUGUGAAGCAGUCCGCAGCGGUAGCAUGUCAGGCAACGCUGCUGCUGCUGCCUACGGCAUCAGCAAGACGUCGCUCUCGCGGCGGCUGAGCGGUGAGUGUGCCAUAGACGCUCGGGUGGGGCCCGGGACUGUCAUGACCGCAGCCGAGGAAGAUGCGCUUGAAGAUGUUCUGCUGUACGCUGGUCGGAACUUUAUUCCGCUCACCACUGCAGACCUCACGGAGCGUGUGAGACAGCUCUGCAACGACGGUCGACCGAUCCCGUGGACCCCUGACAAGGGCCCGGGGAGGAGUUGGCUUGAGGGCUUCCUCGGACGGCACGAGCGCAUCAGCCUUCGACUCGCCCGCAUCUACGAGUCCAACAGGGUGACCUCCGCGGAAGAUGAACGUCUGCACAAGUUUUACGACUUCUGGGGCCAGUUCAUCGACGAGCACCAGCCGGCGGCCGACCAUGUCUGGAACACGGACGAGUCAGGUGGCACCGUUCAAGGUACGCAGGGACAGCGGGUCAUGGCGGAACGGGGGCAGCCGGUGGUCGCCCAGAUGCGCUCCACCUCGCGAGAGAACUGCACGAUCGUCACCACCAUCAACGCUGCCGGCGCCGUGUUGGCUCCUACCAUCAUCUUCAAAGGGCAACGCUUCAACGGAGAUUGGGUCGCGGAUCUCAACGGCCCGCCGGGUGCGUACUACGACUGCACGGAGUCAUCCUUCAUGUGUGGUGAGGUGUUCAUCAAGUACAUCAAGAACUUCCACAAGCAGCUCGGCGACCGCAACUUGCUCGACGGAAAACCCCACGUGCUCGUGCUGGAUGGGCACGCGUCGCACGUGACCCUGGACGUCAUUAAGUUGGCCAUCUCCCUCAACAUCCACCUCGUCCAGCUGCCCUCCCACAUGUCUCACAUCACCCAGCCCUUGGACGUCGCUGGCUUCGGGUGCUUCAAGAAGGAGCUGGCGAAGGUGAUCCAGGCCUUCCCGGCGAGGAACGGAGGGGCACUACCGCGGAAGAGGGACAUGGCCGGCAUGAUCGGGCUAGCGUGGGGCUCGAGCUUUACGCCGGAAAUCAACAAAGCUUCCUUCGCCGGGGCGGGCCUGUGGCCGGUGGACAGGGAGCGGGCACUCAGCCGGCUGCUGCGCCCGAAGAGGAAGGUGACGGAAACCGACCGCCCUCCCCUGGAGGACGUCCCCAUCGCCGUGACCAACGAACGUCUGGAGGAGUUGAUCGGCGACCGCGGCGUUCGCGCGCUCAGAGCAAAAGGCCACACCAUCACGGGACUUCGCGUGAGCACCGUGGUCCUCGGCAACUUCCUGCCCAACAAAAACAAACGUCCCAAGGGCCCGCCCAAGCGGGCGAACUUGGGCCGUCCAGAGGGAAACCUCCUCUCUGCGCCGGAGUGGGUGGCGGAGUAGGAGAAGAAAGACCGCGAGGUCCAGGCUGCCGAGGCCGCUAAGGCGGCCGCGGGAGCGGCGCGGGCAGCC